AUGGUAAAAAGAAAAAGCAAGGUCCAGGCAUCCCAAAAGCCCACCGUAGAACUCCUUUCGGAGGACGAGUGGAUGGCCCGGAGAAAUACGUAUAUGCAGCGUUUAGCGGACCUUAGGACAAGUGUUGCCUUUAUAGAUGAUGCCAUCGAUGAGCACAAUGAACUGCAGAAACAGCAGUUAAAGGAUGAAAAGUGGAACAGUUACUUGGCCUGUGACGGUCUACCAAGUCCCAAAAGUCCUGCCGAAAUUCGAAAGUUUAUCGCCCAGCUGAACUUUUUGGAAAAAGAGUCCUGCGCUAAUGAUAUCAGCUGGCUACUUCCGGUGGACGAGAGGAGUUUACUUUCGCAAGCUCCAGACCGAAAGGACAUGACCCGGAGGAACUUACAAAAAAGUAGGCCAAAUAUCGGUCAGUUCUUUGAUGAUACUGUGCAGCGAGUCCUGGCAACCAUCACACGUGUGGAAAGAGUACUACGCAACGAUAAUGAGCUCCUUCGUUUACCAACUUUUCAAAUCCUUGAACUGGAUAAGAUACCCUCAGAACUACAUGCGGAUAUAAAUAGUUUUUUCGAUAAGCUCACAUACCGCGUAAUCUGUUCGCCCGAUGCCUAUAUGACAAACAAGGGUAGUAUCUUGACGUCUUAUUGCUAUAACUCCAAAAACUUUGAUCUCCAAAUAUGGGGACUGCAGGACGUACCCAUUCGUUUCAACUACAUGAAACUACCUAUUAUGUGCUCUGAUCUCAACUGCGUUGGAGUGACUCUUCAGAUGCCACUUAGUGUUCUUUGCGACAAUUUAACCCUCCGGUGUGUACACACUUUUUUUGACCCGUACUCCCCACUGGCCAAGAGCUAUGAGCUAGCCGUUAAUAAUUAUAUGAGCCCAAAUUGUGGACUUGUGGACAUCGGGGACAGUGUGAUGACCGAAUGGAUGACCCAAAUAGAUAUUCAGGAGGACAUUAUGACGAAAAUGAACACGGAGAUGCAGUUAUACAACGAUACAAUUGCCGCAAUCGCAGCUGCCGAAGCUAAACAGAAAAAAAAUAGCGAAAGUAAUGAAACAAGAAGGAAAUCCAUCCCAAAGACUCCUAAAAUGCCGCAAGAACUACCAGUAGGCAUGUUUCCAGACCCCUACAAGAUAUUCCUAGAACACGACAAGCGAGAUUGCAUCGACUUCUUUCAACGAAAUUUCCAUCCUAACCAACUAAACUUGUUGCCGUACGAGGUUAACCUGCGCCGUUUUAUCAUCAUGGGCGGCGUUAUAUCGCUCGUCUUUGUGGGAAAGGCCAAACAUACCGCCUUUGAAAAGUUCAAUAUAACGCUUCACGAAGAUGGACGUGUUUUGCGUAAGCAAGUGGAUGUUUUGGAGGGCAUGAAUGAGGAAUCCAUACGUCGGUCUACUAAACCUAGCAUUCUGCAAAGACCGAGUCGUAUGGAAAUGAGGCGAGAUCCCGAUCUGGAGGAAGCUUCUGAAUUCCAGUUGCACUUGGAGCCGGAUGAGCUUCCGUUUUACUUUCUCACAUUCAAGGUGCCCAACCAUUUGUGCUUAUGGGGCGAACCCAUGGUUUGUCAGUUUGUUGAGGACGAAAUCGAAAAACUGCUGGAAGCAGAGAUGGAGAGUGUGGCGGAAAAGUCUGAUAAAAAGAAAAAACAUUUUCGAAAGCCUUCACGAAAACCUUCCGAUAACGUGCAGAACGCGCGUACACCCUCAAAGGGUAUAACUGCAAAGGAAGAAAAUCCGAAUGAAAGUAGUAAACCGAAUUACCAUAGGCCAACAAGAGAAAGUUCUAUAAACAUUUAUAGACCCUCGGCAUUGGCAAUUGUGCGACAGGGAAGUUCGGAACCGGAACGUGUAAAUCAUGGUCCACUGAAAAACUUUCAGCUACUGGAGGUGCCACUAUCAAGACGAAAGAUUCGUCUACUUCAGGACCAUUGCCUAACCCGAAUCAUAUCCUCGUUUAAGUUCCCGCAGGAGUUUAAAGAUGGUGAUCUCGAAGAAAAAGCCAUCAAAAACACAACAGGCCCGAGUCUUUACAGACGGCGAGAAGCCAAUUCUGUUGAAUAUGCGCGGACUGAGGAUUACUUCUUCAACUACGAGGAUCAGUCCAAUCCCGAGCGAGUGUAUCCAAAGUUUCCUGUGCUGAAGGAUCUACAGCUGGAGCUUGGCAGGGAGCAUGCAACCAAAAAGGAUACUUCGAUGUAUGGUCUUGUACUGACACUGGACGACAUCAAGGAGAAAUACAUGGAUGCCCCCAAAAAGAUAACUGAUCAACUGGUCACUCAAGCCGUCAGAAUGAGCAGACGCACUCUUCAGGAGCCACUUAAUUCGAGUCGAUUUCGACGACAAAGUUCCUUCGUGAGACGGUCUUUUAGACAGUUAGGAUUGGAAGCUAGCACCGUGAGCGUGGGUGAGUUGCGAUCGGCAGAAAUGGAGUACGAACUCAGCGAAGCCAGUGAGUCCAGCGAACCCAUUCGAAAGUCUAGAAAAGAAAGUCGUUUACCAUCGGAAAGUGUUUCUCGGAAUUAUGAAGUCAUAAAGGUCUUCCACUGGACCACCAAGUUUAUCCUGGAAUCAAAGUUUGAUAGAGAGAGUAAGGUCCUUACUAUCAAGACAGAUCGCUUGGGGAACUUUGGAUUCGCCUUCCAGCGAUACACGCACUUUCCCUUUAGUCACUGGGAACUGGAGAAGAACGAGGAAAAUCCCGAUGAGAUUAUCUUUACCUUGGAUACCCACCAUGUGCGUGUAGUCUUCUUUAUCACCAGGGAUGGCAUUCGGUGUCAUGCGAUUGAUAUACCCAAGGAGUACAUUGCCAGGCCCUACAAAUAUAUAGAUAUUGAGAAACCAAUCUCAGAUUUCGUCGAGCUUCGCAAGCGCCUCCAGGAUAUGAACCUGAAUGUGUUUGCGGAGCUGGACGCUUGUUUCUACAUCAAUCAGGGCUAUUUUUCGCAGAAGCAUCUGGCAGCCGAGUUGCAUAUCUACGAUGCCAUCGCUGUGCAUAUUAAGCUGAUGAAGUUCAGCCGUAGUCAGUGGAACCGCCUGGCCACGGACAGGGAUCUGUUGCUCUGUCUAAGGAAUACCAAGGAUGUGCACGAUGGAGCGGAGGUAACGGUCCGGGUAACGCCCGAAAUCUCGACCUUCGUAGAGGUUUCGGAGCUCUGCACGGAAGAUCUGAGUGCGAUAAAACUGAAUUACAAGAAUACCUGGCGAAAUAUAGGGACCUACUCGGAUCUUCAUCAGGUGAUCAACUCCAUGUACUCUUAUGCCACGGAUGUGCGUAAUCGCGAUGCCAACCAGAUGUACUAUCUUCGCCAGCUUCUUCAGGAGAUCCGACCCCUGAGCUUUUCCUAGAUCCGCGAACGCUGCACAACUAACAACUGCCAAACAAAAACAGAUCACAGCGUACACUUUCAAAUUAACAGCAAUUAAAAGC